UUCCUGAAGGAGGCGUCACAUAUAUCACAGCAGUGACAUAACUUUAAAACGUUCAAGAUCAGCACCGAAACAACACCCUGCUAGUGCUAGUGCCAGCGCGUGGGAUUCACUAAACCUCUCUUUGCGCGUGGAAUUGCCUUUCUACUCGCCAGUAUGUCUGAUGCUAUAAAGAAUGUGGCACUGUUCGGCAGCACGGGGAUGACGGGGUUAGCGACCUUACCUAUCGCAGUGGCCGCAGGUUACAGUGUGACUGUGCUGGUGAGAGACGCUGCAAGGCUUCCUUCAGACCACAAGGCCUCCAGAGUAGUGGUGGGAGACGUUCUGAACAAAGAUGAUGUGAAGAAGACCCUGGAGGGCCAGGAUGCGGUGAUCAUCAUUCUGGGGACAAGAAAUGAUCUCAGUCCCACAACGAUGAUGUCUGAGGGAACCCGGAACAUUCUGGAGGUCAUGAAAGCCCGCGGAAUCCGUAAAGUUAUUGCAUGCAUGUCAGCGUUUCUUCUGUGGGAUCGUGCCAAAGUUCCUCCUCGCCUGGUACCGGUCACUGAAGAUCAUGACCGAAUGUACACUGUCCUGAAGGAGUCAGGAUUGGACUAUGUAGCUGUCAUGCCUCCGCAUAUUGCUGGUGACAAACCUCUGACAGAAAAAUACACUGCGACUGAGAACAUGUUAAAAGGAAGAGUCAUCUCCAAAUAUGACCUGGGCCAUUUCUUUGUCAAGUGCCUCUCCACUUCUCAAUGGGAUGGAAAGACGGUUGGAGUUUGUGGAGAAUAUAGUUAAUGCACUCAGAGGCUCUUAGUAAUUGUUGGGUUAUUCAGUACUAGCCAAAAUGACUUUAUAUUUGCAGCAUCUUAAUUUUUUGUUACACAUGUUAUUGUAGAAGUGCUUUACUCCCAAUCAGCCUUGAUACAUUCUUCAACCAAAAGUGUCAAACAACAGAGAAACUUUUCUAAAGUGUCUGAUUGCGCAUAUAAAAAACUUUUUUUUCAUAAAUACAUAAACUGACCAGCAAUAAAUCUAUCUAAAGUAAAUCUUAGAAAGUUUGUUUUUAUUGAAAAAAGGAUUGUUUGAAUUUAGAACUCCUUGCUGUUUGUUUUGCCUUAAGAAUAAUUGAAUGAAAAACUAUGUAAUUUGCUUUAUAAUGUAAUCAUUUUAUUUUCAGUUUUUAAAUAAAGAUAUUAGUUUACAAA